GCGCAGAAGCUUCCAAGCCGGGGCGGCGAUGGCGGACGGGGACCUGGGAGGCGUCCCUGACGCGCUCAUCGACUCGGACGGCGUCUUCAAGUACGUUUUGAUCCGCGUGGAGCCCGCGGGCUCCGGGCCCGGCAAGGACAUCAUCCGCGGACACGCCUGGGCCGAAUACCACGCCGACAUCUUCGAUCAAGCGGCCGAGGAGCUGGAGAAGCGGGGCUUCCGCUGCCGGUGCCUGGGGGGCGGCCGCAUCUCCCACCAGAGCGGCGCCAAGAAGAUCCACGUCUAUGGCUACUCCGUGGGUUUUGGCCGAGCAAAACAUGCCAUUGCCACAGAGAAGUUGAAGGCCAGGUAUCCCGAUUACGAAGUCACCUGGGCCGAUGAAGGCUACUGACCACUGCCUUCAAGAGUUCACCUUUGCGACCGAACAGCAGCAAGCGGGAACAGAUGCGGGAGGCCGCAUGUUGAACACCUGCCAGCCUCUGGAUCUGUACACUGGACUGUCCUGUGAUCAAACCUCUUGUGCGUUGGUAGAAGGAAAUAAAUGAUUGCGCUCGCUGCCUAAGAUGUCACGCUCCCUCACGCAUCUCCCUGGAUCCACUCGCUUCCCGCGGUGUCUUUUGACUAAGAGAAACAGCGGUGAAGGGAGGAAUAUAGUUUUGUGUUUGUGUGGACUGGGGAAAACGCAGAGGAAGCAGCUGAAGUAAUAAGCCUGGGUACCUGCACUGUUUAGAAUGCAAACUCGCAAAGAUCGUCUUCAUCCGCUUGCAACGAUGCUUCCGCUUCGCCUGCACACAAAGCAGCAGUGUUCCCCUUGCAGCUUUAAGUUGCUUUGCUGUCUUGAUAACUGUAGCCAGUAGGUUUCUUUUUCUCCUGGAAAUCACAGUAAAUGUAACCUCCUCGUGUAACAUGCUAGAAAGGGAAGUCCCGUGGCCCUGGUCUGGGCCUGGUCCAAACUGCAUGCCGAGGAGGGCUUUUUCUCCGCCGUCUCCUGUCCAUCCAGCAUGGAAACAUGGAUUUCUUUGGCAGUUCAGGGCAAAGCAGUGCUUAGGCUUCUCCUGCUAAUGCCCUGCUGACGAGAUUUCUGGACAGCGUUCAAGUCUGCAAGAUCUUCCCUGGAGAUUAUGACUUGAUUGCACGAAGUCCAAGGGCGCCUUCACGGAAAUGAGGUUGGAUUUCUUGCAUGUGAGAGCAACAAAGCUCUUAUGAAACCUCACUUUCUUGGAAAGAAGGUUUUGCAAUCUGUCGCAGUCUGGUUCUCGGGGUGUAUUUAAAUAAAAGAGUGUACAACUUG